CCAAAUUCGGAGUGCGCAUGCGUUGAUUUUUGUACCGCAACAUGAUUGGCAGUCUGAUGUUUUAUGUGCUCUACUAUUUAUCACGGUACCUGACCGUUCGACCCUCAGAGGCCUCAAAAAAGGGCCUCCCUCCUUCCGUGGUUAAUGACAAAGCUGCGUGGGAUGCCAAAACCCGGAGGUUCACCGAUUUGCAGACAGAGCAGCUGGAGCAGCGGCUCCGCCCAACCGGUGGUUCGAAGGGAGAAACGAAAGAAAGGGUAAAAGAUCCAAGCCCGGAAGAGGAAAAAACUACAAGGAGCAACAUGGACAAAGAACCUCCAGCGGCUGUCCCGGAUAAAGAUACAAUGAGUGACGGAAACCCAAACAUUACUUCAGAAGUACCAUCUGAAGUAAAAGAGGAAGAAGCUGGGAAGAGACAUGGAGCAAAUCAGGAGAACCUUCAAGAUUCAAAACAGGAGGAUAGAGAAAUAAUUACCCACCAUAAGUUGUUGCAUAUGGAUGCAAAGAAUGGGGGAAUCUCACCAGCAAAGGAGAUGAUGCCAGAGCAAGCACUCGAAGAACCGUUAAAGUGUCUGCAGACAGAAGACAGCAUAAAAGAUACUACAUUUCAAGUACAGAAACAAGCUAUGGGAGAGUCUGUAUCUCCAGUUAAGAAGAGCACACACGAAAUGACCAGCUCAGCAGAAGACCAAAUCCAAAUACCAUACAUGGAAAAGUUAGAGACUACUUUUGAAGAGUGCUGGGAUGAAUACAUAGUCCCAGCUGCAGAUGAGCCACAUGAUGGAGUCAGCAUUUCCGAGACAGUGUUUCCCUCCCUUCUCUCUCAUCCUCAGGCCCACUUUAAGCUCAGCGAGCAGCACCAUGCACAAACCAGCUGGCACUUCCCUGCAGGACCUGGUCUCACAGAAGAGGUGCAGUGCCCACUUAUAACUUUUCCUUCUAUGAGCUAUUACCCUCCUGUAGAGCCAGCACUUCCCUUGGAAGUGAUGUGGAGAGUCUGGGUAGAGAUGGAUGAGAGUGCUGCUUCAGCAGAGCCUGCACUCAUACCCUUCACAAAUGCAACUAUGGACUUCACUGUAAUGUCCUACAACAUCCUUGCUCAGGACUUACUAGAAGCCAACCAGCAACUGUACACACACUGCCCCCUGGAGGUGCUGGAUUGGCAUUACCGAUGUAACCUGCUUUUAAAGGAAAUAGAACAAUGGCUACCAGACAUUUUGUGUCUUCAAGAGGUUCAGGAGAACCACUACCAUGAACAGCUGCAUCCUGCCCUGUCUCAGAUGGGCUACACUUGUGUGUACAAGAGGCGUACAGGAACCAAGACAGAUGGAUGUGCUACUUGCUUUCGUAGCAGCUUCUCUCAAGUGGCUGCCACUCACCUGGAGUUCUUCAAGCCUGAGACGGAGCUGUUAGACCGGCACAAUGUGGGCAUUGUUUUGCUUCUUUGGCCACUGGUCAACCGGGGUUCACAAGUGAAGGAGGUGGGCUCGCCGCUCUGUGUAGCCAACACCCACCUGCUUUUCAACCCCAGGAGGGGGGACGUGAAGUUGGCUCAGUUAGCAAUAUUGCUGGCUGAAAUUGACAGCGUGAUCAAGUCCUGUAAGGCUAAAGGUGAACACUGUAACGUAAUAAUGUGUGGAGACUUUAACUCUGUCCCACACAUGCCUCUGUACCAGCUGAUCACUACCAGCCAACUCCACUACCAAAACCUGCCAGCAUGGAUGGUAUCAGGUCAAGAAGAUCUGUCAUAUAAGGCCGAUUGCCACAGGCUGUUGGCUCCACUUUGGCCCAGCUCUCUGGGAAUCACUGGCAGCUGCCAGUACACUAAUGCCAAUGAGAUAUUUGAGAGACAGAAAUCAGGGAAAUGUCAGUACAGCCACGACUUCAUGCUGCAGCUGCGCUACUGUCCAGCUGCUUGUGUCCGUCCUCGGGGCCUGGAAGAGAUUCCAGGGGUGACUGACAUCACACCAGAUGCUUCAAGGGCAAAUCAUCUUGAUGAUAAAAGAUUCAGACACACAGUCUGCCAUCGGUUAAACCUAGAGUCGGUUUAUAAGCACAUUCUC